GUUGCGCAUUUCGAGAUGGAACCUUACUGAAAAGAGGAUUGAUCGGGAUUAAAAGAUUUGUCGUGUGUUUAAAUGUACGGUGCAAUGACCAACAAAUGAGCCAAUCAUCGAUGCGCCAUCAAAGAGUAUAAUUAGGUGAAUACGGAUAUUUUUGUGGAAGAAACAUUUGGAAUUUCUGCAGCAGCUGAUGCAUGUACAAAGAUGGCCUAGCUCAACACAAACAAAUAGUGACCAGCGACGUGCUGGUUUUACAACUAGCUCUGCAUAUUUGAAGCAGAUGCUAAUGAAGUUUAAAUCAUCAUUCCCUUAAAAAUGGCUUAUGAUCCACGUGAUUUAAAAUAUUCAUCAGAGAUUCACAACCAUCAACAUAAUCAGCCUAGUAUGACUGGAUACACAUAUCCUGCUCAUACUCCACAUCAUGUUCAACAAACUGAUGAAAAUAGAAAUGAGAACACUUGUGGAAAUAAAGAAGUAUGUCCACAGAUAACACGUCAGUCUUCUGGAACACAAACUACUCAAAAAGUGGAUGCAGCAACAAUGACAGAUCCUUUACAAAUAGAUUUUAAACUGACGUCUGAGUAUUUAGCACGAUGUUCUACUACAUUAGGAUUACCAUAUGUAAGUAAAUACGAAGAGCAUGGGCAUAACUCUACCCAUAAUUGUCAUGAAGUACGACCAAAAAUUGAAUAUGAAGUUAAACCGCAAUAUAUCAAUGGUACAUUAGUCUAUCAUUGUCCAGAAUGCGCAUACAAGUUUGAAGAUCAGGAUGCAUUACAUGAACAUCUUGAAGAUCAUAGGCAACGACCCUAUAUUUGUGAUAUUUGUGGUGCAAGUUUAAAGCGCAAAGAACAUUUGGAUCGCCAUAAACAAGGUCACAAUAAAGAUAGGCCUUAUCAGUGUAAUAUGUGUUGCAAAGCAUUUAAACGCAAUGAACACCUUGCUCGUCAUAUGAUUAUACAUUCAGGUAGCAAAAAUCAAGUAUGUACAGAAUGUGGCAAAGCUUUUUAUAGAAAGGAUCACUUGAAAAAGCACUUGCAAAGUCAUAAUAGCAGCAGAAGCAAAACUCCAAAUAGUUCUCAAAAUAAUCAGAUUGGUCAAAAUAGUGGCGAAGUUGAACAGUUUGCAAUGAUGAUGAGGCAGGCUGGGCCCCCUCCAUUUUCUAUUUUGCGAACUUAA